UUAGUUUGAAAAACCUGUAUGUCUGCAAUUUUUUGCCCGUAAUGGAAAGAAGGCGCGGAGGAGAAACACGCAAACAGAAGAAAGAAGGAAAGAAACAGGAAGGAAAAUUUAAAGGAGAAGUAAACGAUGCGAAAUGAGGAGGUAGAAGAAAACGAUGCGAACAUGGGGAAAACUCUCUGUGCUGCGGGUAUAAGUAUGAGGCCUGACCGGAGAUCCCAAUGCGGAGGUGGGAGAAGGGUAGUCUAAGAGUGAAGCCAUGUCGCAGCAAACGGAUACGCUCACGCAGGGGGAUGAUGAAGGCUUGACCGCAGAUCCCCAUGCAGAUCCCCAUGCGGAGGUGGGAGCGAUGGAGAACAAGCAAUUCCAUGCAGAAGGCCCUCAGGCUGGUGAGACUGAUUGCGACGGGAGAGUAGGGGCCGCUGUGGCGGAGAACGAUGAGCUAGAGGAGGGGAUGAUGACAGCUGGAGUCCGAUUUGAGAACCUUAUUCAAGGAGUGAUGAAUCAGGUGCAGAAUGACAUCAGCAGCUUGGGCGGAAGCAUCAGCGAGAUCGAGAGACUUGCAUCCGACAUAAACGAAGGUUUGUCUACAGCAAAGGAAAAUGCACUCUUGAGAAGGAGGCAGCUAGAAGAGAAGCGGGCAGGCUUCCAGCAAGCGGCGUGCCAUGUGUUAGACCUAUUCAAGUCCAUGGGGAACUAACCAUGUCCUUGAGUGGGGAAGAUCAACUGCUCAAGUGGCAUAAGCCACACUUAUCACAUUUCAAGGGACAGACUGAGUGUGAUAACUGAAGCGGGUCUGCUGUGGCGCUGAUGAGUAAAUCAAGUGCUUGGCU